CGCGAUAUGGCCACCUGUGUAGCAAUGUGUUGUCCGCAAAGCGGCGAACUCGUUGCGGGAGGGGAACACGCACAGUUGAAACCUCAAAUUGGGAACGAUGGCCGCUCUAAAAAAAUCGUUCAAUCGAGGGUCCCCCCGAAUGAGAGCGAUUACGACGCCUACGGUGGGACCCUGACAGCAAGUUGAACCCUGUAUAGACCAGUCUUGUAGGAGCAAAGAGUUGGCAACCCAAGUUGGCACUUUGUUCGUUGAUCACAAAUUUAGACUGCAGAGCAUGCCUGGGAUGAGCUGACACUCCCUUCUUAUGAUCUCACUUGUCGUCUUUCCCAAUGUUUCUCCUCACUGUUUGAUCAAACAUCUGCAAUUAUGGCGAGUAAAGUCGAGGAUUCAUGGUGCGAUUGGAGAGUUCAAAUAUAUCACUGUCACUAUUCGAACUUGUGGCGGAUCUUCUUUUGCAUCAUGUCCACCAUGUGCUUUACUGUCGCCGCUAUCGGAAUCUACAUACUCUACAGAAAAAUCUGCGUCAAUGGAGGGAGGUUUUUCAAUGUCAUCGAAGGAUGGAAACAGCCAAGACCUUUUGAAUGUUUUAUUUUGUGGAUGACUGUCUCUUGUCUGGGGCAUGGGAUCUACGGGGUGCUGAUUUUGGUGGAUGUACUGAAGAGCGAGGCAAACAAAGAGUUCUGGCAAAGCUGGCCCUGGAACGCCGCGCAAGUGGCAGUCGUCCUCUACUUCUUCGGUAUUCUCCAUGCGACACCGGCGCUUGAUAUAAAAUCGACGGCAAGCACGGAACCUCAAGCCCUUCCUUCCUCCCGCACCAUGUCCAUUCUAACCACCUUAUUCACUGCCGUACCCGCCGCGGUCCUCACUCUCCUCAGUGUCCUCUCUGGUUUCGCAAGAGAUCAAAAGUGGACUCAUGCCCAAGAUGCGCUCUUGAUCCUCACCCUCACAGUUUGGGCUCUUGUCUGCAUCGCAACGGCUCUGGCAGUCGGAUAUUCUGGUAGUAGGCUUAUCAACCUGAUAAAGUCCGCCAUUCCUCUCCUUCCAAGUUCCAGUACACAAAUCAGGCUCACCAGAACAGCCCGCAAGGUCUACUUGUUAACAGGAUGGAUCGUGAUCAAAUUGUGCAUCUACGCUGCCGCACUGCUGCUUUUUGCCGGUUUUCGGGAACGGAUCCUCGAAAACGCCCCAUUGUCGAUUUUCCUUGCGGGGUGUUGGUGGUUGUGUCUGCCAUCCGGUCUUUUGGUCGUUUUUAUAGUGGCGCUGGUCGUCUCUCAUCAGACGCACAGAGUUUCUGAUUCAUCCUCAUCAUUCAAGUUUCCGUUCGACAUGCAGAGUCAACCCGCAUCGGAUCCAUCGUGAACGUCAUGGUAGCGAGUAACAACCAUACUGGGUUGGACUCGGCCAUCACAUACAAAGCAUCCUCCACCAUGUUACCAACAAAUUGCCAUCAUGGGACAGGGGCAUCCGCACCGCCGACUACCCUCAGCGCACAUCAAGCGCAAAGUGGGUAUACCUGCACACGAAAAUGGAAGACCUUUCCAUGUUUUGCCGCUCCUCCCGGCUCCAUGAUUUCAUAUAUAGUCAUUUUUUUUGCUCCUCCUAAUCUGACCGAUUCUAUACAGAAUCAUAGAUGGAGUACUGUAGUAUAGUGUUGUAUCAAGUAGACAAUAUGCUAUGGCUGUGUACAUUGUAGUAUAAUUAGAGAAAUUGUUAUUCUGUUGAAUAUACUGGAACAUCGAGUUUUCCU